GAGAGCAAAAGAGAGAGAGAGACAGCGAGAGUACUCUGAGUUUAUGAGAGCGCCUGCACACGCAUCAUCAGAACAGAGUCACUUCAGUUACCGUAGGACAACACAGCAGAUUGUUAUCACAGCACACUGAGAGAGACUGAACCAGGAGACAUUAGAAGAAAGAGAUUGACAGAGAGCCUCUCUUUAUUAAGAGGGCACAUCGGGGGACUGACAAUAGCAGCCAACCAGAAGAGUCUAACGUCGGUGUGUGCGUGAACUUUCCCAGCUUGACUUCUUCUCCUUGGUGCCCGAGAGGUCACCACCCCCUGCAAAGUGCCGAGAUGAUCCCGGAGGUCUUUCUGAUCUUGUGGCUGACAGGUCACGGAGUGAAUGCCAUGUUUGCGCAGCAGCCUCAGGACUUGGUCGUUGUGGCUGGUCAGCCUGUCACACUACCCUGCUCCAUCCCCGGUUACCACGGUGUUGUGCUGUGGAUCAAAGAUGGCCUCGCUUUGGGUGUCGGAAGAGAACUUAUAGGUUACCCUCGCUACGCUGUGGUUGGGGAUCACGGAUCUGGCGAGCACCACCUUCGCAUCCAGAGGGUGGAGCUUUCGGACGAUGCCGUGUUCGAGUGCCAGGCCAUCCAGGCCGCCAUGAGGUCCCGUCCCGCUCGACUUACUGUGCUUGUUCCACCUGAAGACCCAGUGAUCAUCGGAGGGCCUGUGGUGAGCCUGAGAGCGGGUGACCCCCUCAAUCUGACAUGCCAUGCAGACAAUGCUAAACCCGCUGCCUCAAUCAUCUGGAUCCGAAAUGGAGAGGUGCUGAAUGGAGCCAUGUACAAUAAGGCUCUUCUUCGGGAUGGGCGAAGGGAGAGCACUGUAAGCACCCUCUAUAUUUCAGCCUCCAACAUCGAAUCCGGACAAAAGAUCAUCUGUCGGGCAUCCAACAAGGCUGUGCCCAAUGGGAAAGAGACCAGUGUCACUAUUGACAUUCAACACUUGCCGUUGGUGAAUCUCUCGGUGGAGCCUCAACCAGUCCUGGAGGGAAACCUGGUGAAGUUUCAUUGCUCAGCCAAAGCUAACCCACCAGUCACCCAAUACAAGUGGGCCAAAGGAGGAAGCGUGAUAAAGGAAGUGUCUGGAGACACUUAUGAAGUCGUAGUGGACCACUCAUUCUUCACAGAGCCAGUUUCCUGUGAGGUCACCAACCCACUUGGGAACACCAACAUCAGUCGAAAUGUGGAUGUCUAUUUUGGACCUCGGAUGGCUGCAGAGCCCCAGUCUUUACAGGUCGACCUAGGAUCAGAUGCUGUGUUUAACUGUGCCUGGACUGGAAACCCCUCUUUAACUAUUGUAUGGAUGAAAAGGGGCUCUGGGGUGGUGCUAAGCAAUGAAAACAUCCUGACACUAAAAUCUGUCAGACAAGAGGAUGCUGGGAAGUAUGUGUGCCGUGCGGUGGUGCCUCGUGUUGGAGCGGCUGAGAAGGAAGUCUCUCUCACCGUAAAUGGACCUCCGACCAUCUCCAGCACACAGACCCAUCAGGCUCCACAUGGGGAAAAGGGACAGAUCAAAUGUUUCAUCCGCAGCACGCCACCCCCAGAUCGCAUUGCCUGGUCCUGGAAAGAGACCGUCCUGGAGUCGGGGACAUCGGGUCGCUAUACGGUGGAGACUGUAAGCACAGAGGACGGAGUGCUGUCCACCCUCACCAUGAGUAACAUCGUACCCGCCGACUUCCAGACCAUCUACAACUGCACCGCCUGGAACAGCUUUGGCUCUGAUACAGAGAUCAUUCGCCUCAAGGAACAAGGUGGGAGCCAAGAAUCCCUCCCUGUUGCUGUGAUCAUCGGCGUGGCAGUUGGUGCUUUCGUUGCUUUCAUCGUCCUCAUGGGAACCAUCGGCGCUUUCUGUUGUACGCGCUCUCAGAGAAAGAAAGCAGCUCAUCUAUGCACAGAAGACGCUCACCUGGUUAUGCCUACACUGCCCACCUCCAUCUGUGCUCAGCAGAGAGAACUUGCAAGCAAAAUUAAGACAGAAAACCUCAAAGGUGUGGUGUCAGCCAAGAACGAUAUUCGAGUGGAAAUUGUACACAAAGAUCACAACGCGGCACGAGAAAACGAGGAUCAUGCCGCCAUGAAACAGCUCAUGAUUGAACGGGGUGAGUUUCAGCAGGAGUCCGUUCUGAAGCAACUUGAGGUACUUCAGGAAGAGGAGAAAGAGUAUCAGCACAUCAAGGAUCCCACGAAUGGAUACUACAGUGUGAACACCUUCAAGGAGCAUCAUGGCACCCCAACCACGCUAGCUGGAAACCAGACCACGGAGAUCCGCCGAGACCCUGCCACAGCCACCACCGGCAAGCAGCGAGUUCCCACAGGAAUGUCUUUCACCAACAUCUACUCUACCCUGGGGGCUGGACCCAACCGCCUGUAUGACUACAGCCAGCGGUUCGUGCUGGGCAUGGGCAGCAGUUCCAUCGAGCUUUGCGAGCGAGAAUUCCAGCGAGGAUCGAUGAGCGACUCCAGCUCUUUCCUGGACACACAGUGCGACAGCGGCAUCAGCAGUUACAGCAAGCAGGACGGCUACGUGCAGUUCGACAAGGACAGCAAGGCCUCAGCAUCCUCCUCAUCCCAUUACUCUCAAUCAUCAUCCCAGAACUCAGACCUCACACGGCCACUGCAGAAACGCAUGCAGACCCACGUCUGACUGCACGAGAUAGACAGAAGACAGGGGAAUCCAGCGCUGGGAAUAGCCAAAGGGGAUUGAAUCCCCCCCCAGAUGAGAAUCAGGAACCAGUUCAAGCACAUCUAGCACCCCAGUUUCAUUUUACCCUCCACUUCUUUUGCUUUUAACGUUUUUUUUGCUAUAUGUGGAUUUACUCAUUUGUCCAAAUCUUAUUUACAGCUCUGAAAAGCCUUACCGUUUUCAGAACCUUGUCUUGACCUCUCCGAAUGCCCUAAAUGUCUGGGCCAAAGACUUCCUCCAAACAACAGUGUGCCACAGUGAUGUUACUUGCCAAUGUAGAAAGACACAAAACCCUGAACAGAACUAGUCCUUGCUUUAGUUCCAGUAACUUUGAAACAGCUCUCAAUGACCUCCUUGAAGAAAGCAUGGCAACAUUGCUUAAAGGAGCUUUUUGAAGACGGUUGCUGAAGGCUACACUACAUAUCUCUGUAGUCCAUUCACUCCUCUGCAUCACUAGAGGACAACAAUCUGUUGCUCCUGUACAUUAAAGCACAACUGUCAAAGUUGUAUGUAAGACUUCUCAAUGCCUCUACCACAGCUAGCUAAACAAAUGAAAAAACUAUUUAAAAAAGGACGACAAAUGUAUGAACUGAAUUAACAAAUAAUGUCCGUCAGAAUCUUUGGAUUCUGACGCUUCUGACAAAGGUUUGUCUGACAAACAAAUGUGAGAUGUGGUUAUGAGCUGUUGAUUUACCAUGCAGAGACAAGAUAUAUUUGUGUACGUUGUUGUUCUUUCUUUCUGAACAUUCUUUAUUUUCAGUGUUUUAACUACAUGGUUUUUAAAAAUUCAUUGGACUUGCACUGGGAACUGGAUGGAUGAUGUAAUCUUGUCUCCUGCCUUGAGUAGGACUAUUUAAGGUGUUGACAUUUGUGGUUAUGAGAGGAGGGUUUUUCACUUUUUUUAAAAUACUAUUGUUUCCAAAAAGGGUUGAUCUGGGUUGGUGUGAAUAGUGCGCCGAUGGGAAGAAUGGUGUUUGGAUGUUAAAAAGACACUCGUCCUAUGUCCUGUUGUGUGAAGUCAAAUUAUAACACUUAUAAAUCUUCCUUUCAAUUCAUAAAAAUCAUCUCCGCUUGUUACACAUGUGCUAGAUAUAUUUUCAAACUGCUUGUUUCUUGCAGAACACAAAUUUAGUUUACAUGGAAACAGAAUUGAGAUCUGAGUAGUUUACAGAGUUUGCUCUGGUUUGAAUCUUCUGACUACUGUUAAUGUGGCUGCCAUUGGACUGGACUGCAUUGAGUACUCUCACUGUUAUAAGUGAGGAAUUUGUGUACAUGUUUAUUUGUCUAUUUGUUUUUUAAUGGAGUGUGGGCAUUCAUGCUUAAUGUAAAUGUAUGUUGUUUUCUUUGUCUUUCUUUAAGUGUUUAGUCUACAGAAUUGAAAUUGCAACUUAUGGCACUACUGAUAACUCAAGCACUUCUACACUCAAACACUUGUAAGGUAAAAUCACUCUUAGUCCUGAAUCAGCGUACUGAUAUCAAGCUAACAGCAACUGAGCUAGCAAAAAGACACAAACUACUUAAAAGCCAAUGCUGUGGUGUAUGCAAAAGCUAGAAAUUAGAGGCAUUUGGACAAUUGUAGUGACUAAAACUUAGAAAGAAAUAUUGAAAGUAGAACUCUUCCAGAGCUCUUCACAAAAAGACGCUAGCUUAAGCCACAGUUCCAGUGAUGUUGACCCAUUAGCAUUGCCAAAAGAAAUGGAUGCAUUCAAUUGAUUAGAUCAUCUGCUCUAUUUCCCAAUUCAUUCUGUGUUUUGGUUAUGCCUAUCCUGGGGAGAAAUAUUCAGACUGCCAAAAAAAAGAGAAAAAGAUAAAAUGAUGGCAGCAUGUUUCUAGUACUAGGCCAGAGCACAGCCAUUAUCGAUGUGGUGUUACAUUAAGUGGCAUAAUUGUAUGAAAUUGCCACUGACCCUUUAUAACAAGGUUCAGGCUCAUCCCAGUAUGAACACCAACUGUGCUUACAUCCGAUGAUACGACACCUUCCUCACUGCCAAAGUUUGUAUGAUGCUCUGAAUCUGCAUUUAGUUGUCUAACCCCUCCAGUUCUGCCCUACGACAGUGCAAACAGAUUGGGCAUGAAAGCUAUCAGUGUGUUUUGCUUAUCAAAGCUUCCAACACUUCAGUCUUUUAUCUCCUCUUCAAGUUAUCUCCCCAUUCCUCCUCGCUCAUAAAGAUAAAUAUGACCAGAGGCAAUCCCUCAUAUAAACAAGGAGGAGGAACUGUGGCAUCUCUCACUUGAACUGCAAAGAUCCUGGUUUUGACCCAGAGCAAGAGAUUUGAUUUGUACCGACCUGACAAUCCCUUACUUCAACCCGAAUACAAGAAACACUGCAAGGCGUGACGCCGCUGAGUCAGUCGGCGCUGUAAGCACUUUACGUUUGAUUAUAUUUGUGGCAUUUCAAUGGGUUUCAUACAUGAGUGCUAUUGGAUGAGUCUAAUUUUACAAAUGGAUUGGUGCCUAUUGUGGGGCUUAAACACGAAAAGGCCUGUUUCAGUGCUGAUAGUGCGGCUCAGUCCUUACUACACUGUAUAUAAAUCCCUCAUGCUCUCUGUGUGUAAAUUUGCAGUUAUUUUGCUUUGUUCUUUAGUCAGUUUGAUUCAUAAAGUGCAGAAAGCAAAUCACACCAUUGAUACUGUACAAACGAUCACUCUUUGAUUUAUGUUUUCUUCUCUCUCAGCAUAGCCAGUGCUAUAGAGAAGUGUUUCAAAUUAAAUGUCCAUAUGUUACUUACCUUGGCCUAUCUUUCUGUAUUGAUAACUGUUUCUUUCAAGGUGAAAUGAAAAUAUACAGACCUAUAGAAAUUUUCCAACACACAACGAUCCAUCUUGCAACGUGCACUGAAUUGAGAUCCAGGGUUUCUACACCAUUCGACCAUUUUGUUAUUACUGGCGAAAUCAUUCAUUGAGAUUUACCAGAAAUUGCUGUGAGCUGAGCUUAACAAGAAAUAAGCUCAAUAAUAAAGAUAUUUGUAGGUACCAUGUAAAUAUGGAAAAUGCCAAAACACUCUCAUUCUCAAUUCAUACAAUUAUCAGUUAUAAAAACAGGAUUGAAGUGUAAAUUUCCCAAUGUUUAAAUACUUUAUACUAUACUGCAGUUUAAUAAGCGGCGACAACUAAGCCAUUUUAAGGAUGAUUCCCCAGAGAAGUGUAAACGCUGUGCUGUUACCAAAACAAUUCUCUGUUUGUUUGAGAAUUCUGGCUAGCUACACAUAGCAACAAUGGCUCGACCAAUGGGAUUAGUGGGGGUGUGGCUACCUGUUAGUUAGAUAAGGGCGAGUGAGGAAACCUGUUUGAAAAAAAGAUCAUCAAUUUUGCAAUUCUGUUUGAUGAUGUUGGUUGCACAGAAAUUACGCACACCAGCUUUAAACUGGAUUUAAUGUUAAUUAUUUUUAAUAUAUGCUGGACAGUGAUGAAAAAAGUUACGCAUUAUUCCAAACAGAAUUCAGAUCAAGGGCAGCUACUGUACCAUUCCCUAUGCCACUGCAUACACUUCUACUUUACAAUGCUAAUACAGCCAUAUGGAUAUUUGUUGCUUGACAUGAACAUAUGUGAUAACAAAUUAUACCAUAUGGACUAGUCUCUACAAUCUUAAAACGUGGCAAAAGACUGAAAAAUCCCCCAAAACAGAUCACCAUUCAUGUACAGAAGCUGCUAUGUGCUAGAAUGAACAUGGCGUCUGUAAGCAAAUAUUGGAUUAGGCCUGUUGUUCUGUUUGAGUAGCUCUCCGUACUCUUUUGUAGCCUGUGUACAUUUCUUAUCGCCCAGCCCUGGUGAGUUUCAAUCCCUUCUCCCACUGGACCACAAGUCUUGCCCGCUUCAGGCACCGGAUGGUCAUGCACUUACAACCAAACCAAACAGAUGAACAAAUACCACUCUGGAUGAUAGGACAGGGCCAUUGCCAGCCGCAGACAGCAGACCACAUUUAUGGCUUUUACAUUUCUCCUGACAUUUCAGCACAGCCAGGCGGGCUACUGGCUGAUGAAAUGUUAUGAAUUCCCCUCUCUCGACAAUACUGUUUUAUAUAGGCCUCUCCAUUAUGACGAUCCCUGAGCAAGUUUUGUUUGAGGAUGUUACAGUCGAGGCUGCAUAGGCAUAUUACUGUGUGAUCAUUUCUGUACGUAACAAACGCAUUGCAUUGGUGAUUUGUGCUCUGUAAAACGUUCAGUGCUCAAGAGAGUGGAAUAUAACAUUAUGUACAAUGAUGGGCAGCUCUCUCUGAAUGGUUGGUGUCAAUCGUGUCUUUUCUACCUGUCCCAAGCACUUUCUACAUCAGAUUUUUAUUUAUAAUUUGUUUUCACAAGACAAUAUCUCGUUAGUCUUCAAGUGACAUGCUACUGCCGUAACAAAGAUGGUGUGUACACAGAGGUCGAGAAAAUCAAUCCAGCAGUUCAGAAGGUAUUAUACUGUAAUGUACUGGGGUUAUAAAAGAAGGUUAACCACUAUUUUCUUGCAGUGACUCUCUCUAUCAGUAAAAGCAUUAAAAAGAUGUACUUUACCUGUAAUGGUCCGUGAUCUUAUGAUGCUUUGGCUCUGUAUAUUUCUAAAAGAA